UGGAGAGUAAAACAAGGGAGCAUUGAAUUCCUUGCCAACGUGGCAAUGUUUACGUUUUCUGUCACAUGCUUCAUCUAACCAAUCAUGUUACAACACACUCGGCAUAAUAAACCACAACUUGAAAAUAUUCGCCUCGUUUGUCAAACUCGCUGUUCUGUGUCUGUUGCCUGGGCUAUCGAAAUGGCGUUUCGUUGUAUUGGAAUGUUCAUGCUUUGUCUGAUAUUGGUUCAUGCUAUUCCAAGGCCGAACGAAGGAAAGCAGCGUGUACAUGAACAACAACCGCUCUCAGGCGAGGAACAUUAUAAAGGCGACCAACAUGAACACAAUGCAGACUACGAUCAUGAAGCUUUCUUAGGAAACGAACAAAAGGCAACGUUUGAUCAGCUUUCGCCCGAAGAAAGUCUACGUAGGCUGGGGUAAGUAUGUGAUUAUUAUUGCAAAUAUUUGUCAAAUGUUAUUAACUGUUGAUAUAUACCAUAAUACCAAGUUGCGCAUAGGAAAUGCUGCGCGCGCAAAAUUCAGAUAUUUCUUGCUGUGCACUGUAUUGGUCACUUCUUGUAGAAAUCUAUAAUUUUUGUAUGCAGACGUACCCCCCAACAGCAUAUCCUGAUGUCGUGAAAGCCGCGGAAUCGGGUAUCGUGUAACUGGGACCUUAUUACAGUAAGCAAAUAAUAAGGGACAAAUACAAAGCCAUAGUUGUAUUUAUUUUAGCCCAUAGGCAUAGAUCAAGCACUUUUCCGUGUAUCUCUGAAGCUCAUUAGUUAUAUAAUAUAUGGACUUGCACAAAUCCUACAGUAAUUUAAAACAUUUGAGAUGAAAUUUGCGUUCUCUAUAGAGUAUAGGCUAUAAUAGACAUGAUGACAAUAUGUAAAUAUGAUAAAAUCAACAGUUUAACUUUAUCUGCAGUACGUUGCACAAACAGUUCAAUCUGGCCAUGAUUGCUUCGUAGUAUAUACGAUUAUAAAUAUGUAAAAAAAAGUUCUAAAACGCUCCAAAAUUCCUUUUACCUCUGUGUUGUCAGUAUCUUCAUAUCAAUACCUAUAACGUAGACAUGAAUGUGUUCGUAUAUUUUUUUCUAGAACGUUUUAUUUUUUCUGUAUUAAUGUGUGAGCACUGUAAUAUGAAACCCUGGAGGAAUAUAUUUUAUGCAUGCAGGAGGGGAUGGUGUGGCAGUGGGGGCUGGGCUGAGUUUUUACUUAAAAAUCAAAAUCAGGUAGAUUGCACUUAAAAAUUGGACAAUUCUGCUUAAUUUAACAGUGAAGUUAAAUUAUAAUGGAAGUAUGCUAUGUUUUAAAAAUUCUUACGGUUAUGUUUUGAACAUUUUUUUCUCCUUCGACAGCACAAAGUUUGGAACAAAAAAUAAUUGUAUAUACUCUAGCGCCGUAGCGGUCAGGCAUUUUCAUUAGGAUGCGGCAAAUGUUUGUUCCCCCACCCCAAUUUUUUUCCUCCUGUAUGCCUAAUGGCUGAAACAAAUCUCAACAUGAUGAUUUGAUCAACUCACAGACAUUCAUAGCAGGGGUUAGGUUGACAUUCGUCAGGAUGUUAUAAUACAACAUUGGAUGUUUAUUGACAUCACAACAAACACCUGUGAGGUAGUCAUUCAAAAUCUGAUAUAUUUCUACUGUAUGUACAUGUGUAAGCUAGCUUUUUCUAUGGCCAAGUGGUUUAUGUUGAAAUUUUUAAAUAUCUUUCAUUGGCAUCUUGUACCAGACAAUGCUUAUCACUGGGAUGAAGGGGGCGGGUUGUGUCACAGUUGGCUUCUGCAAUUAUCCAAGACAGUAAUCACUUAAAGACCAUGUAAAGUCUGUUCUGCGCAUACAUUCUGCGCAUGCUUACAUUCCAAUAGUCGGGACCCGACCGUUGGAUCGGAAUGUUAUUAAUAUUUCGUAUCUUUUGAACUUUCUUGAAUUGAAUCUCUAGUCUGUAUUCAUUUGACAAGCAUAGCGAACCAGAAGAGUGUAGUAAAAAUUCAGUAAAAUAUAUAUCUAAUCAUAUUUUACAACUGCAGCACUGAGUUCAAAAUGUAAACAAAGCGUUUGUUUACAUUACAGACUUUACAUGGUCUUUAAUAAAAAAAUAAUUACAGUAAUGAGAUAUUGUAUCAAACAGCGCCAUACGCCUUCAAGCAUACCCCCAACAUCUUUGCGCCAAAUGCCUUCAAGCAUACCCCAACAUCUUUGCAUCACUGUACAGUAUGUGCACAAAAUUUGUAGGGAAACUGACCAUAACUUUCACAAAUAAAUUUGAUGUUAUACUCUCAGUUAAUCUUCACCAAUUAUCUGUUGCAACUGUUAUAUAACCCCUAUAAAAGAACAUGCACCAAAAUAUCAAUUUGCAGGUGUAUAUGAAUAUGCAUGCUUUUUUAGAUUAAGGGUUGCUCCCCUGAGAACAUUUUGCAAUUUUUAAGCCUCUGUAGAGGGUGAGAAAGGGGGGUAUGGAUCGCGUUUCACAACGAAAAAAAAGCCGUUUCACGAUUCACAUGUCUUAAAAAAGCAAUUUCAAGGAAAACUAGAUUCUAAUUAAAAACAAUAUAAUAAUAAUAGGUAAUUAUUAAGAGUAUGUUUAAUGCAUGGUACAACCUGUCAGUUAAAAACUACAUCAUAACUUAGAAGUUUGAGUGACGAGUAUGUCCGACGACCUCCGAAAGACCUCUGAAGUUUUUACUCUUGUGCAAUUGAGUGAGAUCAUAUAAAUUGAUUAUCGCAUAUCAUGUCUAUUAUAACUAUUAUAAAAUAGAUCGAAAUAAACAAAGCAAAAUCACAGUUCACGAAACAGGCAUCCUUAAUUCUCAUUUCAUGGAGCAUUUUUAUCGACAAUCACGCCUUCCGGUUGUAGAACAAAUCACAUUUCACGAUGUCCACUAAAAUCAAGCAUUUCACAUUUCACGUGAACAAAUAUUGACCAUUCACAGCUCACGAAAAUAUCCUUUUAAUACCUGACCCUCUCUGUAAAGCAAUUUCAGUUUGCACAUUUCCUAUAGUUUUUGCCGCAGAAGACCAUAAGUUUAAAAUUGUCAAUGCUAGCUAGAACAUAGAAUAUUCGAAUUUUGAACAUUGAAAUACCAGGCAAAAAAUAUAUGCAAAAAGAUUUUUUUAAUAUUAUUUUUAGUACAUAGCAGAUUUCUUUUCUAAACAAUAGUCUAGAAUAUAAAUAAAUGUUGUUGUUGUUGUUGUUGUUGUUGUUGUUGUCGUUGUUGUUGUUGUUGUUGUUGUUGUUGUUGUUGUUGUUGUUGUUGUUGUUGUUGUUGUUGUUGUUGUUGUUGUUGUUGUUGUUGUUGUUGUUCCCUAGGCAUUGCCCAAGGCAUGUAAACCAACCAACCACAACAGUGAAUAUAUUGAUUAUAUUGGUAGCCCACUGUAUACAUGAUGUGGGCUUGAUAUAAAACCAUUAUGCGGGACUUGCACUAUAAAUUAUUUUAAAAUAAUUUUUGUUUUACUUUCGUUGCACAGUAUAUUACACAGUAACUUGUUUAGUUGUAUAUAAAUUUCUUGUUAACCAAUUUUUAACCGAUUUCUUGUUAACCGAUUCGGUUUGCACAAAAAAGACCGAGGUCCGAUAUUUCUCUGUACAUGCUGAGCAAGCGAGGUUAAUAAAAAAUUAUUAUAUGGCAUUCAUACUUGAAACAAACAAGAAGUGCAUCAUUUGAAACCGAAAUAGAUCGAACUAGAAAACAAAAAAAAAACAAUGUAUUCCUUCUUUUCCACAAAAAAACUUUCGCAGAUAUUUUAGUUAUUAAUAACAAAUUAAAUUAUAACUUUCAAAUUUUCAAUUAGUUUUGCUGUUUUGUUUUAAAAUGCAUGUGUUCGUUUUUACGAAAUUGACCGCCGGUCCAUUACGGGGAAAUAAUGGACUGCUGAAAGUGCUUCUCAGCCAAUCACAGUCCGCCAUUUCACCAGAAGUGAUGCUUAUAAUAAAUACCGUUAUUCGUGGAUGCCAUAUAAUAAAUACCGUUAUUCGUUAAUAAUAUUAUUAUAGCAUUAUACUGUUACUUAGACUAUCCACGUGUAGAACUGCAGGUAAAUACACUGUAUUUGUCCUUCACCCAUUUGUACCGUAUGUACAGUGUAUGCAUUCUUAAAUACAUAUUCAAAGUGAUAUUAGAAGCUGACGUUUCAAAUGUGGCAAAUCCCAAAUUUGGUAAAUCCAUUUCUAAGUGUGAUGGCCUUCUGCGUCAUUUUGUGUCAACAUUUUAGAAUAUAGUAGGGACAAACGGAGACAGUGCUAAAGAUGCAAUUAGGCUAUCAAAUUAUCGUCGUAUCAAAAACUUGUGGCAGAAAAUGUUAAAAUUCUAUUUAUUCAAGGGAUUGAGAUUUAAGAGUGACAAAAUAUACAAAUUAACCUAUCUCAGGAUAAAUGUCCAAAUAAUCCCCCAAUCAGUCCAGAUUCAUAAUCUUGACACACAUAUGUUUGCCAUAAAGAAUAAAAACGUGUAGAUAAUGGAUUUUAAUUGUACUUGUACCAAGUUUGGAGAUUUUGACUUUCGUAAGGGGCAUAAAUUUAUUCAUUGUUCAUUCAGGCCACUCAUAAUAAUUUAAGAAUAGAAUUAAGAGGAAGUAACCAAGCAUUUCAAUUCCAUACACAACGGAUAUACUGUAAACGUGCCUUUGCUGACCAGGUCUACACACGUAAAAAUCUCACAACUUGGCAACAAGAUGUGUUCGCAACAGGGUUGUAGCAAGCUUGUCAACAAGUUGUAACAAUGCUGUUAUUUUAUCAAGUUGCUACAAGGUUGUCACUCACAACUUGUUGACAAAUUGUUGAAUUCCAGGACGAUAACAAGUUGUUGGAACAAGUUAUAACAAGUCUGUUGAGCUCAACAACCUUGUAGUAAGUUGUCAUCAAGCCGUUGACAACUUGUCAACAAGAUGGGAACAAGCAGUGGGAACACAUCCUGUUGACAAGUUGUUGGAAAAGCAUUGCUAGAAGUCUGCGGCAGGAUUGUUACAACUUAUACGUUUUUACGCAUGUGUGUAGUGGAAUAGUGUUAGAACAACCUUGUAACAAGUCUGAUAAUGCGAUGAAGCUUGUUACAUACAAGUUGUUAACAGCUUGUUCCAAACUUGUUACAACAACUGGGAACAAGCAAUGCGAGCACAACUUGUCGACAGCUUGUGAACAUAUUUGUAACAACGUGUUUGCAGACCUGUAACAACUUGUGCGUUUUUAAGUGUGUAUAGUGUGUACCCAGAAUAGCCGAAUAAACGGUUCCGGUUAUACUUGUCAACCAAAUACAAAGCGAGCAUAUACUUAUAUUUCGCACUGACAUCACAAUGAGUUAUUUUGGCAACUCUUGAGGCAUUUAAAGCCAUUUUAACACCAUACGGUUCCCAUUGCCUAUAUCCAUCUAAACAUUUUACAAACUUUCUUACAACAUAAAUAGGAGGAAUUAUGUCUGUUGUAAGUACAGUAUAGCAACACUCCAUUUUAAUAUAAACUUGCACGUCUUUACAUCAAUAUAAUGAAACCGCGUUCACUUCGAACAGGGACGACAACAUAGCCUUUUACCCUACUCGGGGCUGCAGUCCCAGGCCUUCCCGUGUUACUGGGUCGGUUUUGAACCCCGGGCGAAAUUCAUCAAUUUGGGGCUUCUCAAUCCAUGCAGUGCGUUAGGCUGGAGUCAGAGCUGGAGCUGCAGUACAUUUAUACAAUUCGUUUAUCCCCCAGAAUCCUCGUUGACAAGAUCGACCGUGACAGCGAUGGUAAAGUCAGUGAGGAAGAACUAAAGUUCUACAUUGAUCAUACACAGAAACGAUAUAUUUACGAAGAUGUUGACCGACAAUGGAAUGAGCUGAACCCAGAUAAAAAACCUUCCAUUCUGUGGGGAGAAUAUGUGAACAGAACAUAUGGCUUUGAUGUUGGUAAGAUGAACAUUAUUUGAUUUAUUUCCAUUCUUGUGUGUGUUGCUGGAAUAUAUCUAGGCACGGUUGUUCAAAAGCUGGAUUCGCGCAAACCCUGGGUUCAAAUUUAGCUCGCUGUUUUGGUUUAUGUAUUUCUUCAUGUUUGUCUGUUAGUUCUGUUUCAAAACCUCAGAAAAUAAAACUUCUAUUGAUCCAACAUGAUUUCUGGAAAUGUAUUUCCAAGUUUAUAUGCAAGUUGUUGGAGAGAUUGCUUUCAAGCUUUUCGUUAAUCCAGGAUUAACUUAACCGGCUUUCGAACAACACGGCCCAGUGCAGUACAGUGUAAAUCUUGUUCAGGUGAAGUGCAUUAGUUAUCAGGCCUAGCCAAGGGGGAGGUUACCAAGAUACCAAUAUACUCGAUAAUACUGGCUCAAUAUACCAGUAUUCCUAAAAUUUCAGGCUACGUCUGUCUAUCUGUGAACUUAAUUUUAGGCAAGUGUAGGACAUACAGGUGUAAUCUUGAACUGUGUGUGCUAGUGUAAGGUAGUGCCAAUGAAAUAAAAGCUGGUAUCUGAAAAAUACAAGGAGCUUAACGAUAAUGAAAUCAACAAAACAGCCGUGCAUAGCAUGAUACUUGAUAACUUUCUUUCUUGAUUGAAAAAAUUACGAGAAGAUGGUAUUGUUGAUAUUGUCAGAUAACUGACGUGACUUGUCUUGAUUUCUCUGCUACCACUAUUCACUAAGUUAAACGCUCCCAUUGGCUCAUGUCAAAUUAAAGGUUUAAUGUUUAUUGUUUGCAGAUGACCCAGAGAGGAACACUGAAUUCAACUACAAAGAAAUGAAAACACGAGAUAGGAGAAGAUGGGAGAGAGCUGAUGUUGAUAAGGAUGACAGGCUGACCAAAGAAGAACUGACGUCAUUUCUACAUCCAGAAGAAUUUGAACACAUGAAGGAUAUCAUGGUGGAAGAGACACUGGAGGAUAUUGAUAAAGAUAAAGAUGGAAAGGUUUCAUUGGAUGAAUAUAUUGGUGAGUAUUCUUGUUAUUAGAGAGGUUACGAUACACGAUUCCGAUUUACGGGUGCGGGUGAUAUACUGUACAACCUAACUAUAAGAAAUCCAAGAUAUUCCGGGGUAAGAAAACCGAUCGGAGAAUGGCAACGAAAGUUUACCAUAGAUCAGGCAAAAAUUGACGAGUGCGCAUAUGUACAUAAUUGAUUUAUUUACAGUAGCUAAGAUGUUGAAGUACAAUUUACUACGGCUCACAAAUAAUAAACAUAAAACACCCGUGCCCAUUUAUCGUUUACGUAGACCAUGGUUACCGUGGGGAAACUAGUAGAAAUUAUGGGUUAAACCUUCUCGUACCAGUGAACUGGAGGCUUUAACAGCCAAUACAGUACGUCCAUAAAAGUGAUAGUGACUGACCGACACGGAAUCGGCCAAUCGGGGUGAUUAUUCCGUUAUCGGUACAGACAAUCGGAAUCUGUAGCCUCGAAAUGGCUAGUGGGUUGAUUUUUUCUCUUUUGAUAAAAUGGUUGAUGCGUUACCUGUAAAUAUUGUGGUACAGUAUUGUGGAUAAAAACUGAAGAGGCUUACUUUCAGCAAAAUAUAUAUUUUGUACCACCAAGUUUUUUUUUAAUUGUCAAAUAAAUCGCAUGAAUUUUUAACUUCUUACUAAAAGUUAAUGGGUUAAAAGAGAAAAGAAGUCGUAUUACUGUACUGUAUGCACCGACAAUUUUAAAGCUGUCAAACUCUUUCCUUGCUUCAACUAAGAACCGGUCAGAAGUAUACGAUGUUCAUUCCCAGUUAUUCGUAGUCUUAAGUUGCUGUUUUCUUCAGGUGAUAUGUACUCCGAGGAAGAACGAAAGAACAACGCCGAGGAACCUGAUUGGUUAAAAACUGAGAAAGAACAAUUUUCAAGAUACAGAGACAAAAAUGGUGAUGGUUUUAUGGGCAAGGUAAAUUUAGAGAAAAUAAUCUUUUAAAAGUGUAGAUUUGAACCCCGCUGUACAGACGAACACAUCAGUUUCCAUGAAAAGUAUCCCCUCAUCCUGUGUACAUGUAUACGACAUUCAACGAAAAUUUGUUGGUUGUAGCCACAAGAGGUGAAACUUUCGAAAUGGUGAACUUCUGUAUAAGUCACCAGCAGUAAAUAAUUUUGUGUGGCGGCGUACCACUGAAAUUUCAUCGUAGGUUAUGACCACUGAACUAUAAAUAUUACUGGAGAACUAUAAAUAUUACUCGGCCAAAAAACAUGGCGGAUUUCUGGAUUUGCUGACACCAGAAUGACGCCACUGAUCCCAAAUUUCCAUGGUAAUUACCACUGGUAUUUGCUGAGUCAGUUUUCAUCAGUCUAUACUUCACCAAUGUUUGCUUUUUAGGCCGAGGUAAAGGACUGGAUCCUACCUGCAGAAUAUGACAAUGUUGUUGCCGAAUCUACACAUUUGAUGCAUGAAGCUGACACAGACAAAGUACGUAUUAUAUACCACAAUUAAAUUGGACGCAUCCUCUAUCAGGAAAAGGCUAUUAUAUCAUGUGUCUAUCCAUUGCGGAUUUCUGUUGAACAACAAUCAAGACAAGCCGUUUGAUUAGACAUUUAUAUGUUGUGAGCGCAAGAUCGAUGACUUAAAAAUUAGAGUACGGGCUGUGUCCCUCGCAAAGCUCUGAUUUGUUUCAGUUCCUAGAACACCAGCUUAUCAGGAAUUUUCCUUUUGGAAAUUGUCGCAGUUUCAAGAUUUUCAAAUAUUGAUUUGCAAAUUCGCGCUCCUAAAAGCACACAAAAUUUCAUAUUAGGAAGAAUACAAGUGAGCUUGCCAAACAACUUUGACCCCAAAACUUAGGAUCUCAGAAACAAAAAAAUUAUAGACAAAAAUAACUAUGUAGAGGGUGUUCUGCCCUAUAUGAAAAUUACCAUGAAUCAUAAUUUUCUCGUUUUAAUUUUAGGAUGGCAUGCUUACAAAGCAAGAAAUUUUGAACAAGCACGAUAUAUUUGUUGGUAGUCAAGUAACUGACUUUGGAGAAGCACUAGCUCGCCAUGAUGAAUUUUAAUCACACGGAAUUGCUUGACGGUUUUGACUUCCUCACAUGCCCAGUUAAAAUCGAGGCAGAGAUAUUAAUAUAUUUAUAUAUAGAUAGAGCAUAUUUUGCUGCAUGUGUCAACUUCAUGCCAAGUGUGUUUUAGAUUUGUAACAGAUUUUUAU